AUGUCGGAGCCUGAUCCCAUGCCAGUACUGAUAACGUAUGCAACCUCCCGUGGCUCCACAGAGGAAGUCGCCGAGCGGAUUGCUUCAAGACUACACGCUGACGGUUUCGCCGUCGACUGCCGACCCGUCGACCAUGUUUACAGCGUGGACAACUACAAGGCCGUCAUCAUAGGGAGCGCAAUUCAUCAUGCCAGAUGGUUGCUGGAUGCCGAGCGAUUCCUCGAUGUCGAGUGCAUGGGACUUCAGACGAAACCGCUCUGGUCGUUCAGCUUGGGCUCAGCCUCGGCCGGCACACCUGGUUGGAUACGCGGGAAAGUGGCGAAGAGGGAACAGAGGAGGGUCGAACGCAUGAUCAUAUCAAAGGUGCCAAAAGUCAGAGAGCAUCGCCUGUUCGCCGGAAAGGACGACGGAAGAGCCUGGUCGAGUCCUGUCCGGGGAAUGUACCGCUGCAUGGGUGGUAGGUUCGGUGAUUUUCGCGACUGGGAUGCAAUCGACAAAUGGGCAGACGCUAUCGCGAAAGAGAUGAAAGCAGAAGGCGUUUGA